AUGAUGGCCAAGUCGUACGGGAGGCCCAGCGAGGGGGCGGAGCUAGUCAGUUCUCUGGAGUGGAUGGAUGAUGACGUGAGCUCCCCAGACGGAGACGAGCCAAUCACAGCACACCGCUACAGACCGGGUGGAAUGGGCCACCUGGACAGGGAGCUGGGCAGUGAGGACGUGGAGGAGGAUGAAGAGGAAGGGGAAGAGGAGGGCCAUGGAGACGGGAACGCUCCCAAACGCAGAGGGCCCAAGAGGAAGAGGAUGACCAAGGCCCGGCAGGAGCGCUUCAAGGCGCGGCGUGUGAAGGCUAACGCCCGGGAGCGCUCGAGAAUGCAUGGGCUGAACGACGCUCUGGAAAACCUGCGCAGCAUCAUGCCCUGCCACUCUAAGACCCAGAAACUGUCUAAGAUCGAGACCCUGCGGCUGGCCCGCAACUACAUAUGUGCCCUGUCUGAAGCCCUGGAGGGGGACCAGUCCACGGAGAGCAGGGCCUUUAUGGAAACCCUGUGUAAAGGCCUCUCCCAGCCUACCAGCAACCUGCUGGCUGGCUGUUUGCAGCUGGGGCCUGGGGGGCCUAUCGAGGAGAGGCCUGAAGACACGCAUGGGGGGAGAGGAGGGCCCACAAUCCUGGGAGGGGUGGGGAUGGCCGUUGGACCAAUCAGCUACUCCUCCCCCGGCCUGCCCAGCCCGCCUUACGGCACACUGGACUCCGCCCACCUACUUCACCUGAGAGGGAUGAAGGGAGGGGCUUACGAGAGCCACUCCCCUAACGACUGUAACAGUGGGGUAGGCACCCCUCCCUACGAUGGCCCCCCCACGCCCCCGCUCAGCAUUGGCAGUAACCUAGUGCUCAAGCAGGAGUCCUCGCCCCACUAUCUCCCCCCUCCCCACUACCCCCCCUCCUCCAUCGGCCUGACAGGCCCCCAGGGACAGGUCUUGUACCAUAGCGCCCGCUACCAGGUGCCCCUGGAGAUGCCCUAUGAUUCAUACCGCCCUCCUCACAUGGCACCCCCACAGAUGGGCACCGUCUAUGGGGAUUAA